AUGAAACUGCUCCGUAUCAUUGUUUCGAUUUCACUGUAUCAUUGCACUUUGAGCAUUCUUUCGAAUGCCUUUCACUUUUCUCAGGCGUGCUUUGUGCAAGCCUUCGUCUGCAACAGUCCAAUCAAUAAGCAACAUCAUCCUUCAUCACAAGUCCGAAAUUUCUUUGGAAUUUUGGCGAAUUCCAACAAUGCUAAUGAAAAUAGUGGAUACGAUAUAGAAGCAGCGUCGGUCAAACUGGUGUGGGAAAAGCUGCAAGAAUCGAGCAGUCGUCCGGUACUUGACUUAUCGUCUAGAGAUGCAUCUCCCGAUGAUUCAGCUACUACCGGUACCGCUACUAGCAGCGAUGACGCAUCCAAUGAAGAAUGGGCAUCUGGGAAACAAUGGCAAGCAACAAAAGAGGCGUUGAUAGAACUGGGAAUAUCUAUUGACGACGAGACAAUAUUUCUGAAGCAAUGUCCACAGUUACUGAGACUUGAUACUGGAAUGAUUCUGGAAACCGCUGAAUGGAUCAUUCAAGAGUUUGGUGGUGCCGACUACUUUGCAAAGCAACCUUCCUCGCCGAAAUUAUUGAGUUAUUGCCUUGUCGAUGUCCAGUAUGGUAUUGAGUUUAUGAGUACCAUGAUGAUGAACGAUGCCAAGCCAUUUUGUAAGGGAUCGUCUGAUUUCUUUCAAACUGCCAUUAACGGUGGCAUUCAAGAACGAUCGAUUUCGAAUGCAUUGGGUGCCGCAGGGUCUGCCACCUAUCAGGCCAAUCAAAAAGUAGCUGGGGAUACCAUGUCCUCAUUGCAGAGUCUCAAGAACCGCAAGACAAAAGGACUGUGA